AUGGAUGAUCCCUCGUCAUUUUUUACAGGUGAACAUGAACAUAAUUCUCGUCGUACAAGUGUAUAUAUAUGUGUCAAUGAUGUUGGUGUUCAUUUAAUAAAUCGUCAAACAAAAUUACAAGAAUAUUCAUUUUCAUAUCAACAAAUGACAUUUACUAUUGAAACAGAAGCACAAUCAACGCUUGAAAUAAAUGUUAAAGAUAAUAAAAAUGUUGACCAUACAAGAUCAUUAAAUUCAACAAGUUCAGCAAGUAAUAAAAAUCUUAAACAUUCAAUUUUCUCAUUUUCAUCAUUAAAUAAACAAUCAAAUAAAAGUGAACGAUCAUUACCAUCAUCAACAUCAUUAUCAUCUAUAUUAACAUUAAAUAAUAAUGAACUUCAACAAAGAAAUCAUAAUCGACAUAUACUUUAUACGAAACAAAAUUUUUUAAUUUAUCAUUUAAUGAGUAAUUUUGCUCAAGAACAAGGAUCUUUUAUAUAA